AUGGUACAGACAUGGCCCAAAUCGUUUUGUCAGAUAAACAAUGCCAAAUGUGUAAAUGCCCAAAACAACUUCACAUUGCAUGGGAUGUGGCCAGCUGCUUCCAACGGUCAACUAGUGGCUAUACCUCCAAAUACGAUUUUUGGAGAUUGGACUACAAUCAUCUCGGAAGAGUUUGGCCGACUCUCAGUCGUAGAGGGGAGCAAUACUACUUUCUGGACUUACGAGUGGAACAAACAUGGUAUUUGUUCAAGCUCCACUCUCAGCGCCUCACAGUACUUCCAGUCGGCCAUUGCUCAAAAGGAUAAAAUCGACCUUCUCCGGGUUCUCCAAGCCUACCAUAUAAUUCCCGACAACAGCCGUUACAGGAGAUCGGAGAUCAAGAACGCUGUGAGCCAGUGGAUUGGGGGAGGAGCCCAGGCUUAUGUUUCAUGCGUAUUCCGCCAGUCCACCAAGACUUACCUUCUUUAUGAGAUAUAUAUAUUUGUCUCGAUUCCAAUAUGGCACAUUAUAUCCACCACCAAGCUUACUCAGCAAGUACCGGUGCCCCAUACAACGAAAUAUCUUGUUUCCCAAGCUAGUAUUAAUGUGGGAGGAACUUAG